AUGGCGGGCGCGGGGGGCGGCGCGGGGCCCCCCCCGGGCUGGUACCACCGGGACCUGAGCCGGGCCGCGGCCGAGGAGCUGCUGGCGCGGGCGGGGCGGGACGGGAGCUUCCUGGUGCGGGACAGCGAGAGCGUCCCCGGGGCCUUCGCGCUGUGUCUGCUGUUCCAGAAGCACGUGCACACGUACCGCAUCCUGCCGGAUGAGGAUGACUUCCUGGCGGUGCAGACGUCGCAGGGGGUGCCGGUGCGGCGGUUCCAGACGCUGGGCGAGCUGAUCGCGCUGUACCUGCAGCCCAACCAGGGGCUCGUCUGCUCCCUGCUCUUCCCCGUCGAGCGCGACAAGGACCGCGACGCCGCCGAGGACCGGGACUACUCGGAUGGGGACGAUGAGAAGCCGCCGCUGCCACCGCGCUGCGGCUCCAGCAGCGGCUGCAGCACCGCGGGGGGGCUCAGCCCGUCCGGCCCCGCAGCGGCCGUGUUCGAGGGGACAGCCGAGAGCCCCAACGGGCUCUGCAGCCUCUCGCACGAGUACCUGAGGAGCAGCUACUCUCUGGACCUGGCGGGGGUGCAGGGGGGGGCCACGACCCUGCCCCACCUCAGCCGGGCGCUGGGCGCGUCCUGCCGGCGGCUGCACAGUGAGGUGGACAAAGUGCUGGCGGGGCUGGAGACCCUGGCCAAGGUGUUCGACCCUCAGAGCGCCCCCAGCGUGGGCAGGGCCCUGCAGCAGCCCAUGGGGCAGGGCGGGGAGCAGGAGCUGGAGACGCUGGUGCUGAAGCUCUCGGUGUUGAAGGAUUUUCUCUCCAGCAUCGAGAAGAAGGCGCUGAAGGCUCUGCAGGAGAUGAGCUCGGCCGCCCCCAGCACCCCCCCACAGCCCCUGUCCCGCAAGGCCAAGAGCAUCCCGGUGCAGACCUUCGAGGUGAAGCUGGACGUCACCUUGGGGGACCUGACCAAGAUCGGGAAGUCCCAGAAGUACACGUUGAGCGUGGACGUGGAAGGGGGGAAGCUGGUGGUGCUGAAGAAGCAGAAGGACACGCAGGAGGACUGGAACACCUUCACCCACGACAAGAUCCGGCAGCUGAUCAAAUCCCAGCGCGUGCAGAACAAACUGGGCAUCGUCUUCGAGAAGGAGAAGGACAAAACGCAGCGGAAGGACUUCGUGUUCGCCAGCGCCCGGAAGCGAGAGGCCUUUUGCCAGCUCCUGCAGCUGAUGAAGAACCGACAUUCCCACCAGGAUGAGCCCGACAUGAUCUCCAUCUUCAUCGGCACGUGGAACAUGGGCAGUGUCCCUCCCCCCAAGAGCAUCGCCUCGUGGGUGACGUCCAAGGGGCUGGGCAAGACGCUGGAGGAGGUGUCGGUGGCCAUCCCCCACGACAUCUACGUGUUCGGCACCCAGGAGAACUCCCUGGGCGACAAGGACUGGGUGGAUUUCCUGCGCGCCGCCCUCAAGGACUGCACCGACCUCGAGUACCGCCCGGUGGCGGUGCAGGCGCUGUGGAGCAUCAAGGUGGUGGUGCUGGUGAAGCCGGAGCACGAGAACCGCAUCAGCCACGUCAGCACCUCCAGCGUCAAGACCGGCAUCGCCAACACCCUGGGGAACAAAGGCGCCGUCGGUGUCUCCUUCAUGUUCAACGGCACCUCCUUGGGCUUCGUGAACUGCCACCUCACCUCGGGCAGCGAGAAGACAGCGCGGAGGAACCAGAACUACGUGGACAUCCUGCGCCUGCUCUCGCUCGGGGACAAGCAGUUGAGCUCCUUCGACAUCUCCCUGCGCUUCACCCACCUCUUCUGGUUCGGGGACCUCAACUACCGCCUGGACAUGGACAUCCAGGAGAUCCUCAACUACAUCAGCCGCAAGGAGCUGGACCCGCUGCUCAAGGUGGAUCAGCUCAACCUGGAGAGGGAGAAGCACAAGGUGUUCCUGCGCUUCGGAGAGGAGGAGAUCACGUUCCCCCCCACCUACCGCUAUGAGAGGGGCUCCAGGGACACCUACGUGUGGCACAAGCAGAAGCCAACGGGGGUCCGCACCAACGUGCCCUCGUGGUGUGACCGCAUCCUCUGGAAGUCCUACCCCGAGACCCACGUCAACUGCAACGCCUAUGGGUGCACCGAUGACAUUGUCACCAGCGACCACUCGCCUGUCUUCGCCUCCUUCGAGGUGGGGGUGACGUCCCAGUUUGUCUCCAAGAAAGGGCUCUCCAAGUCCUCGGAGCAGGCUUACAUCGAGUUCGAGAGCAUCGAGGCCAUCGUGAAGACGGCCAGCCGCACCAAGUUCUUCAUCGAGUUCUACUCCACCUGCCUGGAGGAGUUCAAGAAGAGCUUCGAGAACGACGCUCAGAGCAGCGACAACAUCAACUUCCUCAAGGUGCAGUGGUCGUCCCGGCAGCUGCCCACGCUGAAGCCCAUCCUCUCGGACAUCGAGUACCUGCAGGACCAGCACCUCCUGCUCACCGUCAAGUCCCUCGAUGGGUACGAGUCCUACGGGGAGUGUGUGAUCGCGCUCAAGUCCAUGAUCGGCAGCACGGCGCAGCAGUUCCUCACCUUCCUGUCGCACCGCGGCGACGAGACCGGCAACAUCCGCGGCUCCAUGAGGGUGCGGGUGCCCGCCGAGCGCCUGGGCACCCGCGAGAGGCUCUACGAGUGGAUCAGCAUCGACAAGGACGAGGCGGCUGCCGGCAAGGGGAAGGUGCCGCUGGGUGCCAGGGCCACCCAGGACUGUGCCAGAUCCUCCACCCGCAAGCCCGCCGCUGCCGAUCCCACCACCAUUCCCAAGCCUGCGGAGGAUGCGGAGCAGACCAGCGCCAUCCCCGCCCCGCGGCCCCCUGCCCCACACCGCAGGGACGAGCCCGCCCCCAGCCGAGCCAAGGCGGAGGCGGAGCCGCUGCAGAACAGCUUCAACAACCCCGCGUACUACGUGCUGGAGGGGGUCCCGCACCAGCGGCGCCGCCGCCCGUCCAGCCCCCCCGCGCCGCGGGACGGCAGCUCCUCGGACGAGGACGCGCUCAACCUCCCGCCGCCCGACUUCCCCCCCCCGCCGCUGCCGCGGGACCUGGCGCCGGGCCCCGCGGCCGCCGCCAAGGAGCCGCCGGGGCCGGUGGUGGCCGCGGGGCGGGAGGAGCCCCGCGCCCGGCCCGGCCCCACCGAGGGGCUCCCGCCGCGGCUGCAGCCGGGCCCGGGCGCGGCGCUGGGCGCCCCCGACGGCUCCUGCUCCGUGCUGCAGAUGGCCAAGAGCCUGAGCGAGCAGGAGUUCGGGGCCGGGAGCGGGGCGCCCCCCCCGCGCCUGCACCCCGAGUACGGGCGCGCCAUCGCCUUCCACACGCACCCCAUCCGCGAGAGCAUCCAGGAGGACCUGGCCGAGGAGGCGGUGGGUGCUGGGGGUGCUGUGGGGGUCUGGCUGCGGGCUCUGGGGCUGCAGAGGUACGAACAGGGGCUGGUGCACAACGGUUGGGACGACCUCGAGUUCCUCAGUGACAUCACGGAGGAGGACCUGGAGGAGGCCGGAGUGCGGGAUCCGGGCCACAAGCGCGUCCUCCUGGAGAGCCUCCAGCUCCGCAAGUAGCCGGGAUCCCGCAUCCCGCAUCCCAGCGUCAUCCCGGAUCUGCAUCCCAGCAUCCCGGAUCCACAUCCCAUUGUCCCGGAUCCCACCAGCAGCCAGCAGCACCGGGACCCCCCCAUCCUGGGCGCUGGGCAAUGGGGGUUUGGGGGUGCAGGGGGGGUUUGGGGGUGCUGGGACCUGGUCAGACAAUUUCAGGGGGUCCCAUCAUGGGGCUCCCCUUGGUUAAGUUAUUUCUUAUUUAUUGGAGGGUCCUGGGGGGGGUUUGGGUGAUUCCCCCCCCCCCGGGACCUCAGGGUGCCCCCAUGGCCCCUUGCACCCAGGGAGGAGGAGGAAGAAGCUCUGAGCAAUGCUGUGGCUCAGCCCAAGUGCCUUCAUGAUGCCAGGAUGGGAUGUGGGAGAUGGGGUGUGGGAGACAGGGUGUGGGAAAUGGGGUGUGGGUGCUCUACCAGCCCCCAUGGGUGACACCAGGGAGACCUCAGGGUGCCCAUCCCCACCCAUAGGUUCCCAUCCCCACCAUGGGGUCCCAUCAUCACCCAUUCAGGUCCCCUCCCUACUCAUGGGGUCCCAUCCCCACCGCGGGGUCCCACCACAGCAGAACCCCACCAGUGCCUUCACCCAGCACCCCUCCCAUCACCACCAGUGCCUUGGGGUGCCCCCCCCCCCCUCCAUUCCCAGUUUGCCCAUCAGGUACUUCUUACUGGAUCCGUCCCCUCCUGGGGCUGUGUCACCCUUGGGGGCAGCAGGGCUGGAACCAGGACCCCCAGCAUGGGUGCUCCCCCGGGCUCCCCAUGGGUGCUUCCCCAGAUCCUCCCAUGGGUGCUCCCCUGGGUGUCCCCAUGGGUGCUCAGCCCCCAACCUCACCAAGUGCCCUUCCAGGGGGGGUCCCCAAGAUGGGGGUCCCCAGGGUAAGCGGUCUCCCUAGAAUGGGGAGUCCCCAUGGUGGGGGUUCCCCAGGAUGGGGGAUGCUCAGGAUAGAGGGACCCCAGGAUAGGGUGUUACCAUCAUGGGGGGUCCCCAGGGUGGGGGUCUCCCCAUGGUGGCAGGACCAUCAAGACAGGGGGUCCCCAGGGUGGGGGGUCAUCCACCAGUGUGACCCCCCCCGGGCUCUCCCUGUCCCCAUGGGCUGCACCCCAGGAUCAAUGGGGGGGUGAUGGGGGGUGAUGGGUGCCCCCAGGCCCCCCCGUGUCCCCCUCUCCUCGGGCCCCCCCCGUGUCCCCCCAGUUCUGCUCCGGCUGAGAUGAAGGAUGGGCCCGAACCCCCCCGGACCCCCCCGAACCCCCCUUUGGUGUGAACUUGACCAUGACCCAUUAAAGCCUCAAGUCGUGUC